UCCCCCACACACAGUGACCGUCUCUCGGGGUGAAAGCUGUCUCCUUCUCCUCAGCGCAACUGGCCCCCGACAAAACGCUGCCGUAGCACAGCCAGACCACACCGAGCCGAGCAGACACACGGGAGAGAGCACGUACGCACCACCGGAGAAUCGUGUUUAAUUUUUUCCUCAAUUCUUCGACCGAGUGACUUCGAUUUGCAUAUCCACUUCCACUCCUUCCUCAUUUGCAUACAGCAAGAAUGGCGAGCGGGCAUCCCACAGACAAAUUCAGUUUCAUGUAUCAACCAGACACGCACAAGAGUAAGAACAGAUUAUCUUCAGCUAUGAAUCCAGUCUACAGCCCUGUUCAGCCUGGCACCCCUUAUGGAAACCCAAAGAACAUGGCGUUCACAGGUUAUCCAGGAGGGUAUCCUGCCGCGGCUCCCACCUAUACCCCCAACCUGUAUCAAACAGGUAGUCCUGGGUAUCCACCAGGUGAGCUCUGGCACACACCAUUUGAUGGCUUUGUUUAUCUUACAAAAGGAUACGCUUCAGCAGGCACCCAAUACAAAGUGCCACCCACUCAGUCAAAUGGAGCACCCCCUCCCUACACCCCGACCCCCACCCCCUACCCAACAGCUAUGUACCCUAUCCGCAGUGCCUACCCUCAGCAGAACCUAUACGCACAGGGAGCAUAUUACACCCAGCCCGUGUAUGCGGCUCAGCCACAUGUGAUCCAUCACACCACUGUGGUGCAGCCCAACAGCAUGCCCUCCACAGCCCUCUACCCGGCCCCGGUCCCUGUACCUAACCCUCGCAACAACGGCAUGGCUGCCAUGGGAAUGGUUGCUGGGACAACUAUGGCGAUGAGUGCAGGGACCCUGCUGACAACGCCCCAGCACCCCCAAAUGGGAGGACACCCAGUCACUGUGCCAACCUACAGGCCCCAAGGGACACCUGGGUACAGCUAUGUACCACCUCACUGGUAGAGCCCACCAAUCAUGUCUGGAGUCCACCAUCGUAUGCAACUGCUCAAAUCUUACACGGGCUCCCGCUGGUAACCACGGGAACUCCGCACCUGUCUGCAAGAACAAAACUAAAGUGCAACAGCCACUUUACUUUUAUUUUUAUUGUUAUUAUGCGACAUUCUCUUAACAUUCUUACAAAAGCUGCUUUUAUUUUUUAUUUCUCUAUUCAUUUGCCAACAGUCAUUACUUUGUUUUGUAUGGUUUUCUUUGUUCUUUUUUUUUUUCUCGGGAACUCCAGAAGGACUGCUUGACCAAUCACAGGUGUCGGUUGCUCCUGUUUCUGUGUUGUGCUGAUGUGUGUGGUCCCGCCUGCUGCUGCUCAGUUGGCUGGAUAAUAUUGGGCACUUACUCCUUGUUAUCAUCUCUCAUCAUUCACUACAAAGACUUACUGACUUAUGCUGCCAAAUUUUCUAACGACUAGAUUUCAGCACAGGGUUCUAACAUAAUUAGGAUUUUUUGGGGGGGAUUAUUUAAUUUUUCCUUAUUACCACACUCAACUGGUUUGCUUAACCUUUCCUGUAGACUUCUUAUUUUCUACCUUGGUCAUUCCUUCCACUUUAUCCUUUAUUUUAUCUGAUUUGUUUCAUUUUUUAUUUCAAUCUCGGUGGUCUUCCAGCAUGUUGCUGUCUGUCCGGCCGUAGUCUGUCAGUCACCGUCGUCCUUUCUUCUCCAUGUGAGCUGCUGUGUUGUUAGGAGCAGAGCACUUGCUGCCCAUCGCCCAGCCAGGUUUGUGUCCCAGCCUGUCCACAUUAGCUUAGCACCUAGCACAUACAGAAGAAAACACCACCUUCUUCUUGCUGCAUACUAUGCAGGCUAGUAUGGUGUGACACAAACGGAAUCUUUACCUAGAGCCGGAGAACCUGUCAGGGUUGUUCGGGUCCUCAAGCUUUUUUUACUGUGGUUAGCCUAGGUGAACGCAUUAAGAAAGCUAAAUAUUAAUUCUAACCGUGUCAACAGCAAGGGUGGUCGUACACACGCACACACUGACUCCUGCGGUGUGUUGGAAAACACAUGAUCACUUAGUGGCACUUACUGAACAGCACCCCUCAGUCCAACACAAGCAUACACACGGGUUUCUAGGGGUGUGCAUUGCAGACACAGCCAGCAGAGAAGGAGUUUAAAGGGAUUGUGUUGGCACCAGGAGAGCAGGACAAAACUGAGGAGCAGGCAGCCAUGGAAGGAGGAGGAGGAGGUGAUGACGCUCACAGUUGGUUGUUUAAUUUCAAGGUACAAGACAUUUGAGUUGGUAACAUCUUACUUGCGAGAAACUGCUGUCACAUUCUGCAAUUUUUGCACAAUAUGAAUUGUACAUUGAUUUCUCGUUGUGAUCAUUUCGUCUCCUCCACCUCCUCGAUUCCAGACCAGGACUAAUAACCAAACAGAAAAGACAGAUUGUUCAAUUUAAAAUGCACCUUUUGAAUGUGUUUGUGUGGAUUCACUCCAUUAAUCCGUUUGGCAGUGCUCUGAAAAGGCCGAACAAAUGAGGUUUAAUGGGUCAGGUGCCACAUAAGGAAGUCAGGAGGCUGUAUACACCUGGUCUGUUGUAUUCGCAGCUUGGAAUUCUCAGAAAUUGGGGCCAAUUUAAACUCUGUUGCUGAUCGAGAGUAAAAAAUGGACUGCAAUCAGAAAGCAGGGUUGUUUGUGUUUUAAUUGCUGGAGCUUGAAAUUGUGAUGACUCUGCGUCUCUGUCACUGCAUUUGAACCCAGUUGGCUUCUCUUGACAGGAGGUAAAGAGCUACGCGACCUUCAAGGGGCCAGAAAGUCACUUUGAGACUUUAAGCAGUAUUAUGAGAAAAGAAAAUUCUUUUGUAUACUGUAUUAAUUCUGCCGGAGUCAGAGAUUUACACAUAUUUGGUUUUACUGACUGCAUUUCAACAGUGCUCUUCAUUCAUUACAACAACAACCUUUUAUUUUAUUAAGUCAUUUCAUGGGCACAAUAUUACAGCCAGUGAGAGCUUGAUCAUAUACAGCUGGUUUUGUUCACUCUAAGUUGUCUACAUCCUACAGUGUGAUGAUCAAUCAUUGAGUCUUGUUUAUUGGUCCUUGGCUGGAGGACAUGUAUGGUGCGGGGUUGUGGUGGUGCUAGGGUUGAUUAUUAGGGGAGGCCUGUGUCAUAAAAAAAUAAAAAUAAAACCCCCCAAAAAAAUAUAAAAAUAAAAAAAGAUCAAAUCACAACUUCUGUAGAGGACAGGUUGGUUUAGCAAAAGCAUUUACUGUGCUGGUAUGUAGAUGAAGUGGUUUGAUAUUGCAAUAAAACAAGAGGGAAUGCCUCCAGCUGUUUAACACAGUAAUUAUUUUA